GUGCUCUGCUGUCUAAAUUAUGGAAAGUGUAUCGAAGCGGAAUAAUUUAGAGGAUGAUCUAAAGAAUGUGGAGUUUGAGACAUCUGAAAAUAUCGAAGUAAUCCCAUCUUUCGAUUCAAUGUGUCUGCGAGACGAUCUACUACGGGGGAUCUACGCUUAUGGAUUUGAGCGGCCUUCAGCUAUCCAGCAAAGAGCUAUCAAACAAAUAGUGAAGGGUCGAGAUGUUAUAGCACAAGCUCAGUCUGGUACUGGCAAAACCGCAACAUUAGGUAUAUCUAUUCUACAAAUGUUGGAUACUCAGCUAAGAGAAACUCAAGCUUUGGUUUUGUCUCCAACCCGUGAACUAGCUUCGCAAAUACAGAAAGUCAUCCUCGCCCUAGGUGACUAUAUGAAUGUUCAAUGUCACGCUUGUUAUGGUGGAACAAACAUUGGAGAAGAUAUUAGGAAACUAGACUACGGACAACAUGUCAUAUCUGGAACUCCUGGUCGUGUGUUCGAUAUGAUACGCCGUCGCAGUUUACGAACAAGAGCUGUUAAGUUGUUUGUUCUGGAUGAAGCCGAUGAGAUGUUGGAUAAAGGGUUUAAAGAGCAAAUUUAUGAUGUUUAUCGGUACUUGCCUCCUGGUACACAAGUAGUUCUUCUAUCUGCCACAAUGCCUCAUGAGAUCCUCGAAAUGACGUCAAAGUUCAUGACCAAUCCUGUUCGGAUUCUGGUAAAACGCGAUGAAUUAACUUUGGAAGGCAUAAAGCAAUUCUUUGUGGCAGUAGAACGAGAAGAAUGGAAAUUUGACACUCUUUGUGAUUUAUACGAUACACUCACUGUCACUCAGUCUGUUAUUUUCUGCAAUACUAAACGUAAAGUUGCAUGGUUGACGGAGAAAAUGCUCAAAAAUAACUUCACUGUGGCUUCUAUGCAUGGUGAUAUGGUCCAGAAAGAGCGAGAAGAAAUUAUGAAAGAUUUCCGAGCUGGGGAUAGUGAGACGAAGUUGAUCAGAACUAUUAAAUAUGUUAAUCCAAUACAUUUCGAACAUAGCUUAAUGCUAUUGAUUCAUUAUCCAAUAUAAUGUCAUUUGCAUCGUUUUUUCUUCCAAUUUCAUUUUCCAUAUAUAAAUAUCUUGACAAGUAUAUGUAUGAUCAUUUUGUUCGAAAUGUAUUGCGCUAAUAUAUCAUAUAGUUAUGAUAAGCUUCGUCUUUUCAUUUGCAUUAUCCUAAAUUAUGAAAGACACCAACUAUUUUAAAUACGUGUUUUAUUGAAAAGUAUAAGAAUACAAGUCAGUAAAAUUGACUUUAAGUAAUUCAUUUGUUGAUUAUGUUUGCAUUUCAGCCGCGUCCUUAUAACAACAGACUUGUGGGCACGAGGUAUUGAUGUCCAACAAGUAUCUCUCGUCAUAAACUACGAUUUACCGAACAAUCGUGAACUUUACAUCCAUCGUAUAGGUCGAUCGGGCCGUUUCGGACGUAAAGGUGUAGCGAUUAACUUUGUAAAAACGGAUGAUAUAAAAAUCCUACGGGAUAUUGAACAGUACUACUCUACACAAAUUGAUGAAAUGCCAAUGAAUGUUUCAGACCUUGUAUAAUUUCUGGCAUUCUUUCCGUACUUUAAUAAAUACUUCUAUUUUGU